CAUUCUAUCCAACGGCAGAAGUGUUGAGAAGGUAAAAUAUGAUGCGACUCAGAGAGAAAUAGCGAGUCUGUGUGUCUUCUUCUUCUUCUUCUUCUUCUUCUUCAAUCCUCCGAUGGCGUCGGUACUAUCUUCGUUCAAAUACUCUGACAGUCUCUCAGUAGUAGGCAUCUCAAUCUGCACAGCUUUCCUCUGCGAAGGCAUAUCAUGGAUUCUCAUCUACCGCACGUCUUCCUACAAAUCUCUCCGGUCUUCUAUCGACAAAGCCUCGAAGAAGCUAGAGAUCAUGAAGACCGGAGAUAACAAGGGAGGAUCCAGCAAGAAAUCCAAGACCAAGAAGAUCGAUCGAGUAGAGACCAGUCUCAAGGAAUCUAGCCGUGAUCUCUCUCUUGCCAAAAUCAAAUCCGGAGCUGUUGUCGCCCUUGUGCUAUUCGUCGUCUUCGGUUUACUGAACUCCCUUUUUGAUGGAACGCCCGUAGCAAAAUUGCCGUUUUCUCCGGCUGGGUUUGUUCAGAAGAUGAGUCACCGUGGUCUUCCUGGCAAUGAUCCAACUGAUUGUUCCAUGGCCUUUUUGUAUUUCUUGUGCUCGAUUAGCAUUCGUACCAAUUUGCAGAAAUUUCUAGGGUUUUCGCCCCCGAGAGGGGCUCCCGGUGCUGGGUUGUUUCCGAUGCCAGAUCCAAAGAUCAAUUGAUUUGGUUUAGCCGUCGGUGAGGUUGUUGUUCGGUUUGGUUGACUCCUUGAUUGUUGGGAUUUACUUUGCUGUUGCUAUUUAUAGUUGUUCAAGUUUGGAGCUUUCUGAUUGUUGUUAGGCAAUUGAUCGUGUUUCAGGCUCUUUUGUGGAAUGUAAUUUUCUUCUGGGGCUGUACUAGAUUUGUCAGUAGAAUGGAUCCAAUGAGCUUCUGUAAUUUUCAGCCGAUUAUUAUUUAUUGCUUCUGUGUUUAUUUAUUUA